GUUUGUCAACAACAUCGUAGAAGUCGUCAUAGCGCGCCAUAUUGAACGCUAAGCACGAGGAUUUCAGCAAUUUUGAACAUUUGGAAAUGGAAAAAAAUAAUGAAUCACGCUCUAGUGAUCCUGCGUGUGAAAGGUUAAAUGAUCCUUCACCAAAGGCUUAUGUGCGUUGUGUGGUGUGUAAUGCCAAUUCUUGGUAUUUUCCUGAAAGAAAAUUCUUUCGGUUUCCUAAAAAUCCAGAGAGAUCAGCACAAUGGCUUGAAGCAUGUAGAAUUUACUUGAUUGGACGUGACAAGGAAAUAUUAAAGAAGCCACCUUCUCUUUUAUAUCGAAGUCGUCUUUGUUCCGCACAUUUUGAAGACAAUGCAUAUUCCACAACUAAGAAGCAUUUUUUGCAUUCGAGUGCUAAACCAACAAAAUUUGGUGAAACAGCUGAUGAGCUGUCCAGAAACGACAGAGUUGUAAAUGUUCAUCAGCUGUCUAUGAAGUUGUGCUCGAAAUUGCAGCAGCAUGCAAUCAGUAUCGAUGAUAAUUCAAGUCCUUUGGCAGAAACAGAUUCUGGCACUUCACAAACAGAUUCUGGCUCUCUAGAACUUGGUUCACACCAGCACUCCAUAGAACUAAAUAAUAUCACCGAGACACCAAAAAGAUUAAAAUGCAACAAAAAUUUAACACCAAAAUCUUUAAAAAUAAGGCAGUUAAGUCAUAAGCUGGCAUAUUUAAAACGAAAACAUUCAGCAAAAAGGAAAGCAAACAAAGCUGGAGUCGAAAAGGCACUCCAGCUGAUUAGCUCAUUAGUUAGUUCUGUAGUUUUCACUUUUAUAAAAUCACAAAUAAAAGCAUCAAAUGUGUCAAAAUACGGACGAAGAUGGUCACUGAUGGAUAAAAAUUUGUGCCUUCAGAUCUAUCUUAGUAGUCCAAAAUCAUAUAAUACACUGAAGGCUUUUUUGCAUUUGCCCAGCAAGCCUACAUUAUUGAAAGCUGUAUCUGGUAUAAAAAUGGAACCUGGAUUUUCAGUUGCUGUGCUCAAUGCCAUAAAAUUAGUUGCUAGCAAACUGAAAAUCCAUGACAGGUAUUGCAUCUUAUCCUUCGAUGAAAUCACUUUAAAGCAAAGCUUAUCUUAUGAUAAGAAAAGUGAUUACAUUGUUGGAUUUGAAAAUUAUGGUUCCUACACUGAACUAAAAAUGUUUCCCGAAUAUGCAACUCAUGGUCUUGUUUUUAUGGUCCGUGGGCUGUGUAAAAAGUGGAAACAGGUCAUUGGCUAUUUUUUUUCUUCUCACACUACUCCAGGUUUUAUGUUGUGUACUUUGGUCAUGGAAGCCCUAUCAAAAUUAUUUGAUUGUGGUUUGAUACCUGUGGCUGUUGUUUGUGAUGGUGGUGCAAACAAUGUAGUUUGUUACAAAAAAUUUAUGAAAGUCACAGAAGAAAGACCAUAUAUUAUAUGUCAAGACAAAAAGGUAUUCACACUUUUUGAUGUGCCUCACCUUUUGAAGUGCUUGCGAAAUAAUUUUAGAAAGUAUGAUGUUAAAUUUCAGGGUGGCAAAAUUGCUAGUUGGAACCACAUUGUAUCUUUGUGGGAAUUUGAUCGUAAAAUGCCUCACAGAUGUGUUCCGAAAUUAACAGACCGCCAUGUAAAUGUGGAUUGCCUUAGUGCUAUGAGUGUAAAAUUAGCAGCUCAGGUCUUCAGUCAUUCUGUGGCUUCAGGCCUGUGUUACCUUAGUGCACUAAAUGGCUUACCCGCAUCGGCUAGUCUUACAGCAGAUUUCUGUUCAAACAUAAAUAUUUUAUUUGACAGUUUGAACAGUAGAACACUUAAGCACUCUAAUCCUUUUCUUGCAGGAGUUACCAAGUCAUCGAUUCACUUAAAAACCUGGAAGGAAAAGAUGGAUUUCAUCAAAGGCAUUGAAUUUCAAACAGAAAAAAAAAAUAUCUUUCCCAAGUAUAUUUGGCUGGAAAUUAACACUAUCAGCAGUUCAGCAGUUAAUUCCAGUUCUGUUGGAAGAUGUACCAUUUGUAUUAAUGUGUCGUUUCACCCAAGAUGCCUUGGAAAAUUUUUUCUCUGUUGUUAGACGCAGAGGUGGAAAUAAUGACCAUCCAACUGCAUAUGAUUUUCAACAGAGGAUGAGAAUACUA